AUGGCCCCCAAAUCGUGUGUGAUUAUCUUGCGGGACACUGUGCCGGUGGUGAAAUUCAUGCAUAUUCUUAAUGUGCUGUUUGCAAAGUGGCGACGCCCUCACCAGUUUGGCCAGAAGUUGCACCGCUCACCUACUGAUCUUAGACAUCUUUUAGAGCUGGUAUUAACCAUGUCUGGGCCCUUCACGCGCGUGCAUCCACAAGUUUCACGUUCCAGCGCCCUUGGACAGCAAACUGCUACGCGUUCUCGAUGCUCUGCGAAGAAUAGACGUCGCUUCAAGCGUAGUUCACCCAACCGAGGAUUCAACACUGAUAACAGUAAGAUGCAGAGAUGCUUUAAACGACUAAUCGGCUCAAGACGACCCCAGUUAACUGACGAGUGGCAGUGUAAAUAG